AUGUCUUCAAUUACCUAUUCAUCGAUCUUAGCCCCACGAAACACUACCACCACCCUCAACAACAUCAACAUUCCACCAUUUCGACCAGCUUAUUUAUCAGCUCGUCCACUCACUCGACCACCACCACCACAAUAUCAGCACUUAGUUGCUCGUGUUCCUCCCCGUCCCUCUCUUCAUGGUGCCAAUCAGAGAAAGUACUCUUCUCUGUUUAAAUUUCAGACUGGCACCACCACAACGUUCAACGGCUACACCAACAUCCAGCCACAACCACCACGACGACCACCUACACCACCACCUCGUCGUCAUCGUCCCCAACAGCAACAACAACAGCAUUACUAUUCUCGCUCUCGUUCGUCCUCUCGAUAUCAACAGCAACAACGACGAGAGCAACUACCAUCAUUAUUCGAUCCCAACCCAUUCUAUCAUCCCAAUCAACAUCAAACACGUCCAUUCCAUCAAGCACAACAAUAUCGUCCACGACGACGACAACAAUACUUACCCUCAUCAUCCCCAUCCAAUUCUCGAUUCCAUCUCUUAUCACGUUUACCAUCACGAUCCCCCUCUCCUUCCCCAUCAUAUCAUCAUCAUCACCACCAUCAUCAGCAACAACAACACCAAUCACGUCCAUUACCACCACCUAUUCCACAUCGUCGUCGUCCAACCUACAAUAAUAACAAUAAUAAUAAUAAUAACAAUAAUCAUCAGCAAGGAAUAAUCUUGUCUGACUCAAUGUUAUCACGAGUCAGAACAUAUGCCAUCAGAGGAAAUCAUGGCAUCGAUAUUCAGUUAUCAUACGAAUCUGGUUGUGACUGUGAGAAAAUGGUGAAUUGGUUAAACACAGCACAAGGCCAUAACACGGUAAGAAAUAAAAAUUCAAUUGUUUUCUCUUUAGGUACCAAUGAUGUAGCCAGAUAUGGCGUUAAUGAAUCCAUCCGUCGAUGUAGUGACUUAAUACAGUUCAUCCGGCGGACAUACACAAGUGUACGAACCAUUGGUUGGAUGGCAUUAUCACCAAGAUGGAAGCCGACGAGAUUUAUCUCAUCGGAAGAGAUCGGCGAUCUUCAUAUUCAAUUUAAUGAGCGUCUUCGAAUCUUAUCUACACAGUUAGAUUUUGAUGUAAUUGAUGCGCGUCUGGGACUUGUGGAUAUUCGAGAGGAAGAUGGUUUACAUCCGACGAUCACCACCGGUAGAUGGAAAUAUGAAGAAGCUCUUCGACGAUGGUUCAAUACGCGAGUAAGUCGAAUUUCUUCAACAAACAUGCCUCUUCCAUUUCAGCAACGUCGACCAACAGUGAAUCAUCAUCGUGAUCAUAUUUUAACUUCUAACCAACAUUUUAAUCCGAUUUCCCAGCGUUACCGAUCUCCAUCCCCUCAUCAUCAUCAGCAUCAGCAUCAUUAUCAGCAACAACAACAGCACCGACAUCCACCUAAUCAUUAUCAAAGACAUUCUAGUCAUAAUUUUAAUCGUAUCGGUCGAGCACAACACCAACAACAGCAACGACAACAACAUCAAAAUCGAACCACAAGUAGGGACAGUAAUCAUAAUAAUACGCAACCAUUCGCAGUAACGACGGAUGAAACAGUACAGCAAAGACAAAACAGUAAUCGGCAGAUCAAUCUGCCAUCUAGAACUUUAAUCAAGUUCUAUCCGCAUAAAUUAAAGAUAUUCGAACAGUACUUUCGAGAAAAUGAACCACCGAAAGAAAUCGAAAAAGAAAAAGAGAAAUUGUUUAACAUAACAAAUCUCUUCUAUCAGUACGAACACUACAGUGAAGACAGCAAGAAAUGGAAAAUCUAUGAACAUGUUGCGAACAGAAAAGAGAAAGAAAAGCAGAAAGAGAAAGAAAAACAGAAAGAGAAAGAAAAAGAAAAAGAAAUGAACGAUGUCGUAAUGAUUGAUGUCGAAGAAAUACCUAUAGCAAGACCAUACCCAGAAAGACAUGCGACAAUUCUAAACAUCACUAUCAGUGACAACGAUGAGAACAUUAACAGUAGCGGCAGCAGUAGCAGUGCGCAUCAGAACAGUAGACAUCGAUUGAGUGAAUUGACCAGCGACACGGAUGACGAUGAAAAGAAGAAGAGAAAGCUAAGAGAUACAAGUCUAUCACCGACAGAUAGAAAUAGAGCAGCAGCGACAACAACAACGAUCGCAAUAAGAAAGAAGAAAGAAAAGAAUAAAAAGAAAAAGAAAACAACAGUUGAGAAUGACCCAAGAGCACCAGUAGGUAGCCCAACAUUAACAUUGAAUCCGAGUCGAGAACAGUCAGGGCAAACAACAACAACAACGAAAAGACCUGACACUCCAGCUAGUCCAAUAAAUAAACGACAAAGAUUAUUCGCACACACAUUUAAACCGCCUCGGGAUCCGCAUCCCACUACGAUGACGGUUACCACGACACUACCUUCCUCUCCACCCACACUACCGCGUACCCCUCCCGGACUACCACCACCACCAGCAGUCAGUCCGCGACAAAGUACACCGAGAACACCGAUCAGUGCACCACAACCACUCGGUGACAUGAAUGAACAACAACAACAAGCGAAAGAAACAGUAACAACGAAUAGAGUAGAGCAGGAAGAAAGAGCUGUUCCAAUGGAACAAGACUCAAUCCAAUCGCAUUCUCCUUCAGUCAUUCCGAAAGACUAUGAUAAUAGCCGUUUUAAUCUUUUCGAUUUUCCAAUCAUACCGAUUGAAUGUAUAUAUCAUUUUAAAGCGUUUCGAGUAGAGGCGACAUUUGAAGCUAUUUCAGCACAUCGAGAAUUUUUAGAAAGAAAAGCAAAACAAAUCGAAAAAGAAUUGGAAAAAUUACUUGAACAAUUCAGAUUUCCACCGCAAGUGAAUAAUAAAGUACUAGCCCUUACGGAAGAGGAACGAAGAAUUCUUAAUUAUGGUCCUAAAUUCGUUCCAUCGAAUCCUAAACAAGCAUUAGAUCGACUUGAGAAAGAAAUCAACGUAAUGAAAGAGAAAGUGUCUGAAGCAUGGAGAAGAGAAACAAGAACAAUAGCGAGACAACCGCCGAUAGUCAAUCAAUUCGCUGAUCGACUAGAAAUAGAACUGAGAAAACAAAUUAAUUUAGACGUAGGGACAGAUAAAGAAUUAGAAAAGACACUGGAAAGAUUUAGAAAGGAACAAAGUAAAGGUAAAGUGAUCUUCAGACAAACAGAUAAAUCAAAAGUAUUCCAUGUCGAUCGACCGGAAACAUACAUCGAAAAAUCUAUCGCAUACAUGAAAAAGACAGAUGCCUAUCAAGAAAUUGAACAGUCACCACUGAAAGAAAUGAUCGAGAAGACAGAACAGUUACUCCGCGAUUUAAUCAAUAAGAAUCUUUUACCUGGUAAAUACUUCGAUAAAUUAAAACCGAAUCAUGACGAGGCUGAAUUACCUCAUCUUUAUUAUAAUCCGAAAGACCAUAAGAUAGGCGAACCGUUAAGACCAAUCGUGUCAGGAAUGAAAUCACCGACACAGAGAAUUUCAGCAUUUCUAGAUCAAUUGAUUCGACCGAUUUUCGAUCAAUUGACACCUUAUAGUUUAACUAACAGUAUUGGAUUUUUAAAACAUUUGAAACAACAUAAAACAGAUGAGAAAACACUCCUCUACACAUUCGACAUCACAGACUUGUACACAAUGAUUCCUCAACAAGAAUCAAUUAUAGCCAUCUGUGAAAUGUUAGGACAGAAUAAGAUCAACAAAGUGAGAGGAGAAAUACCAAUCAAUACAGUGCGAACACUUUUCCGACAUGUUUUAGACAAUGCGUAUUUUGCUUUACAGUUACCAGGACAGGGAAUUAAAUAUUAUAAGCAAGUGAGAGGAGGACCCAUGGGAUCAGAAUGUACACAAGUAUUAGCUGACGUGUACAUGAGGAAAUGGGAAAGAGAAGUGAAAGAACGGCAAGAGAAAGAAGGUGAACUAUACCUUCGAUUCAGAGAUGACAUCUUCUUAACAACAAGACGAACGAAAGAAGAAAUGAACAGAUAUCUCAGUGAACUCGGAAAGAAAGAUAAGAACAUUGGAUUAACAUUCGAAACAGGAGAACAUGUCGAUUAUUUAGAUGUUAGAGUGUCAGUUGAGAAUGCGAAUUUUAGAACAAAAGUUUUUAGAAAGUUAGCUGCGCAACCAUACAUUCUACCUUUUAAUUCAGCUCAUCCACCGCACAUCAUGAAGAACAUUCCAUUCUCAGCACUACUUCGAGCAGUGAGAAUAUGUUCACACACUGAAGAUCUAAGAGAUGAGAUUGAGAAAAUUCGAAUAACUCUACUUCUAAAUAAAUAUCCACCGAAAUUCAUCGAUAAUCAUUUUAGACGUUUCUUCGAAACAUUAACCGAACAGAAAGACAGUCAAUUAAUUCUCAGCGAGAGACACAGUGAAUUCCGAGAAAGGACAUUAGAUGCACAGUGGAAUAAGAAAGAAAGAGCGAAGAUUAACUUCGAUAAAGACAUUUUACUUCAUUUUACAUACACACCAAGUUUAGCUCGUUUUGGAUCUAAAUUUCAUCAGAUCUGGCAAGAAAUCUUCGAAGAAACACCACUCAGUGAUAUACCAGUGAUUUUUGCUCAUCGUUUAGCAGAUAAUCUUAAGAGUAUUUUAGUCCAUAAGAAACCGUCAAAGAAUCUUAUCAAGAAUAUCACAGAGAAUCUCGAAGAAUAA